AUGCAGGUCUACGGUGUGGUCGCCAUUUUGUUUGUGAUUCUGUCCAUUUUGACUUUUAUCUUGGAGACCCAUCCGUCAUUUCGGGUGUCGGGAGAGCGGGAUUUGCUCGGUCGUCUCUACCGUCGAGGAUCGAACACGACCGAUAGCGCCGAUCUUUCGAUUCCUCACCCGGCCCUCGUUAUCAUCGACAUCAUCUGUUUGAUUUUCUUCACCCUCGAGAUAAUGGUCCGAUUCGUCUGUUCGCCCAGCCAGCGAAAAUUCUUCGCCAAUUUCUUCAACUUGGUCGACCUCAUUUCCCUGCUACCGGAUUACAUCGAGAUGAUCGUCUUCAACCAGACAGAUAACGACACCGCAAGCAGCAUCGUCCAUUACGCUAACUUCUUGCGCAUCAUACGGGUAUUUCGCGUUUUCAGGUUAGUCCGUCACGUGUCCGGAUUAUGGAUCAUGAUAUACACCAUCAAGGCCAGUAUGGGUGACUUAUUACUGAUGUGUGUAUUCAUGAUAUUGGGAAUGUUACUGUUUGCCUCCCUUAUUUACUACGUUGAAGAGAGCAAAUUUCCAAAUAUACCAAUUAGUUUAUGGUGGGCGCUUAUCACUAUGACGACUGUCGGUUACGGCGACAUGUAUCCGGAACGCAAUAUGGGGUAUUUGAUAGGGUCUCUAUGCGCAAUGACGGGGCUUCUAGUAGUCGGAUUCACGGUCCCUAUUAUAGUCAACCAUUUUGUGCUUUAUUAUACGUAUAUCCAAUCGGCGCUGCGCGCCGAGAAGCGGGAAAAGAAAAGUGCCAAAGAGAAGGAAAAUCUUGACAACCUGAUCGAAGAGGAACGGCGAGAAAGCAUUCUGCUGGAUAUUAAAGAAAAACAAGACGUUGCCGAGCAAUUAUCCAACGGUGAAGGCAAGGACAAUACGCAUAUCUGCAACGGCGACAUUGGUUCGUCCACCGAACGGAAGCGAAAAGAAAGAGUCUUCUAUACAACGUGUCAACAGGAAAAUAUUAAAAUGGAUUUGCUUCUCCCGCCACGGUACAGUUCGGUGUCGAAUCUAAACGGAGAAUUUUCAAAAUGUUUGGAAAAACGCAAAAAGACUCCGACGAAAGUCUGCACAAAGGUAAGGCGAAGUUCUCUUCCCUCUAUAGCGUCAAUUCCAUUUCGACAGACAUACACUAGCGCAAAGAGCCCCUUAACGAAAGGGAAGACAGUCUUAGACGAUGGCUUAUGUAGACAAUGUGCUGGCAAAUCGCAGACGUCUUCCAGAUCUGAAAACAAUAUUAUGAUUGAAUUGGGCGGUGUCGAUAUGGGAGACUCUCAGUCAACAAAUCUGUAA